AAGGUUAUAAAGAUAUGGCUGUGGAAAAUAUCAUAGUUGAAUAAAAACUAUAAAUGCAAUAGGUUGGCUUGAGUGAUGUCAGUCGGAAUAAAUAACUUAAGUGUUUUGCUCCUGUUUGUGUCAUUUACCAAUAUUUUUGCUAGCGAUUAUGAUAGUUACUGCAUAAUAAAUCGGUCAGGACAUAAUCUGCUGCCACAUCAAAAUGAUUGCACGAAAUUUGUACAAUGUGCCCAUGGAAAGGCAUAUGUGCAUAGAUGUCCUGCAAGUCUACACUGGAAUAAAAUAAGAAAAGUAUGUGAUUACCCUGAAAAUGCGAAAUGUGACCUGCUAAUAACUUCUGCUGAAGGAUUGAAAAAUUCUACAGCACUGAAUACUUUAAGUUGUUUAAAUGGAACUUAUUAUCAACAUGAGAAAUAUUGUCAAUAUUAUUAUUACUGUCGUGAAGGUGUUAAAGUUUUAUCAUCAUGUCCCACUGGUCUUCAGUGGCAACAAGUGCAACAAAAGUGUAUGUUAUCAGAUAUGGUUAAAUGCAUUGAUUCCUCGCCUAUUUCGCAGGAUAUAGUACAUGGCAGUGUUUAUGGACCUUGUUCCGGUACAGAUGGUUUUAAAGUAUCUUUUUAUUUGAAUCAUCCAUACGAUUGUGGAAAAUUUUUAGUAUGCGCUAAUAGUAAAGUUUUUGUGAUGAAAUGCGCUUCGGGUUUAAUGUGGAAUCCCAACAAAAAGGUGUGUGAUUAUGCUGAAAUUGUAAAAUGUUUUAAUGGAAGUUUGUUUAAAAACACAACUUCGUCAACAACACAUACAAGUGUAACUACUUUUGAUGAAACAACACAGUUUGCAGUAUCAACAGAGAGUUGGAUCACAGACAUUAAUGGAAGAACUGCUGACUUAAACAAGGACAGUAUUGAAAACUUAAAUGACACUGUAAUUACUGCCACUUCAACAUCAAUUGUGCCUAUUUCCACUAGUACUAUUUUACUUCACACGAUAAAAAAUCAAGAAGUUAGUAUUAAUAAAAAUGAACAGGAUAUGCAGACUUUCACUGAAGAAAGCUCUACUGUAAAAACAACAUCCGACAGCUUUUCAGAACCUACAGUAAGCAUGACGAAUAACAACUUAAAAACCGAUGAUGAUAUCUUGGAAAAAUUUACCUAUACUGAUACAAAUACCAGUUAUACACAAAGCAUAAAUUCUGUAGAAGAAAGUCAUGCUAUUGAUUGUGAACCAGUAGUAGAAAAAGUACUAAAUAUUACAAAAACUACAACUGCUAUAAAUGAAACAUUGGAUUUAAAUGAAUUGAGUGCUGUAAAAAAUUCUGCGGAUAGUUUUGCCACAGCUCAAAAUUUUUACAAUCCAGAAUCCAUGUCAACAUCUGCUAGUACUAUCGAUUACACUGGAACAAUCAUCCCUAUAAUGAGUGCAGAUAUCUUACAAAAUAAUAACAUAGAAACUUCCACUGAAUUAGUUGAGAUAAGUAUUGCAGACAAUUCUGAUAUAAUACAGAAUUUGAAUACCACAGAAACUAUUUUGACGUCAGCUACUACCAUCGAUUACACUGGAACAACCAUCCCUAUAAUGAGUGCAGAUAUCUUACAAAAUAAUAACAUAGAAACUUCCACUGAAUUAGUUGAGAUAAGUGUUGCAGACAAUUCUGAUAUAAUACAGAAUUUGAAUACCACAGAAACUAUUUUGACGUCAGCUACUACCAUCGAUUACACUGGAACAACCAUCCCUAUAAUGAGUGCAGAUAUCUUACAAAAUAAAAACAAUAAAAUUCCAGUUGAAUUGACGACGAGUGUCACGGACCCAGAAAUUAUUGAUAAUUUAUCAAGUUCAACUCAAUUAACAAAAAUUGCAACAAUAUCUGCAGUCCCAACUGAUAACAGCACUGCGCAUGUAUCAAAUAAUAUGUCGACUAUACAAAUGUCAACAACAGUAGUUGAAGAAUCAAGCACACCUCUUGAAAAUGAAAUUAUAGCAACACCAAACACAACAAUAAUAACUACAACAACUGCAACAGCAACACUGAUAAAUACCAAACCUAAGAAUGAAAAUAAUGAUUUGAUAAAUUUAUAUGAAACCGAAUCGAAAUCAAAGCACGCACUUGCCAAUGAUAUGAGACAAAUUACAAUUCCUGAUAAGAGAUCGACAAAAAUAAAUGAAAAUACUGCAAAUAAUUUAUUAAAGAAAAGUUUUGGCAAUUCUCCCAAUACUGCAACUAAGAAGAAUUCAAUUCGUUAUUCUGAAGCAAAUAAAAAGCAUUCAACAACAACAAAAAGGACUUUACCUACAAAGCGAACUACUACUCCAACAUCGAUUUUGUUGCAAAUUAUUGAUCCACGUUUACCUUUCCGAGCUCCUCAAUGUAUUGGUAUUGGGAAUCGGAUUAAAUUCGCUGCAGAUAAUUGUUUGCAGUUUUAUCAGUGUUUCGAGGGCUAUGCCUACUUAUUAAACUGUUAUGAAGGAUUUGAGUUCAGUGUCACUAAGGGCAGGUGUAUGAAUAGCUUAAAAGUAGUAAAAAGUUGCCUAAAAUAAAUAAAAUAUUUUUUAUUCUAAAUGUUAAAUUUUUAAUGUACUCGUACAUAAAGUCUAAUUAAAAAAAGUGUAAAGUGUGAAAAUUGGUAAUAGUAGUGAAUGACGGCAGUCAAUCAUAGUUUUAUCAUACUUUUUUAUACAAUUUGAUUAUUAUUUUAGUUGUAGGAGAGUGCAGAUCAUCCUUUUAGUACCGUUUUUCUCACUAAGGACUGGUUUAAAAAUAUGCUUCGAAAAAUCUAUAAUAGCCCUGCUUUAGAAUAGAUCUGCAAGUACACCCUUCAUUCGCAAAAAUGCCACCUACAAAAUUUACAUCGAGAUUUGUGUUUAUCUGAUAUCGGUUGGGACCAAUAAAACUGCGUGAUCUACUUCGAAUCAGAUUAACACAAUCUAACCUGCAAGGUACUGUAACAAAACCAACUAUUAGAACGCUAACAUAUAUUUCACAUUUAAAUUUAAAUUUUAUUGUAUUUAACCAAUAAAAAGAUUACCAGAAUAUGAAAAUUUCAUUUCUGCCUUUAAGUCAGUUAAUCUGUAGAAAGUUAUUAUAUUUAUGACGAGGGCAUUUCGUGUCCAAAUCAACGCUAUGGUAUUUUUUGUACCUGUCUUCAAAAUAAUCCGUAUCGAGAAGUUGUGCAAGUUUCUCUCUAGUGACUGUGAAAACCUUACUGCAAUUUAGAGUACAUUUUCUAGCAAAUACACCCAAUAAUUGGGUAUCAUAAACCGAAUGAAGAAAUAAGACUGGGUAAAAUAGUUUCACUACUACAGUUAAUCGAGAAAAUUAUGCUCUGAGAAAUAUUCUGAACACAUGAACAUUAAGUCGCAUUGCAAAAUUCCCCUAUUUAAUAAUACUGUAAGGAGAGUGAUCUUGUUUUUAUUGAAGUGAC